AGGACAGCUCGAUGAGUAGCACAGUUCGACAGAACACCGGAACCGUUGGUCGUUACACGAAUGUGGGGACCAAAAACACAGACGGACCGUCGUGUGAGCUUCACACCACGUGUGCGGAGAGGAGCGGCUGAACAGCAGGCAUGCCGAAGGCAGUGAAGGCGAAGGCGAAGGCGAAGGCGAAGGUGGAGAAUAAGGUGAUUCACCCGUACAGCAGAAAAGCGGCGUAUCUGGCCAGAGACGCAGCGAAACACAGCCGGAAGGAAAAGUCAAAAAGUGAAAAAGCCCAGCGUUUAAAUUUAAUCAGGGAAAAGCUUUUGUGGUUUCAAAGUCAGCUUGAUGCCGAAAAACUUGAAUAUACCAAAAAAGAUGCUUGCGAAAUCAUCGAGAGGUAUCUGCACCGCUUCGAUGAUGAGCUGGAGCAGAUUGAGCUGGCGAACAGCAUCAAAGGUCGUCAGGGUCGGCUGCAUGGCUCUAGAGAGGCUGCCAUAAAGCAGACCAUUGAGAGAGAGCGAAUACAGUUUGAGGGCUGUGGAUUCGAGAUACCAGACAUAAUCAACUCCAAACAUUUGAGAACUUUCAGAGAAUGGGAUGGUGACAUGAGGAAACUGCCCAACAUCAAGAUGAGGAAGGUUUCAGCAAAAGGGUCAGAGAGUAAACACAACGCAGUUCAGGAGGUGCACAUUGAGGAAGAGCAGCUUCUGGACAGUGAGGAAAAUGAGGUCUCUCAGGACUCUGAUGGAGAUGAGCUCUUAGGAGAUGACUAAGAGAACAGGAGAAUGAAACACAAGCCUGGACUGAGCUCAUGUGGCUCCAGGUACAGCGUGCACAACAGAGAAACUGCAUUCAAAAGCUAGAAAGGUGAGGAGAAAGGUGGCUCCUCACUGUCCUCUGAAGGCCCCUCAUUUGUAUGUCAUAAUGGUGAAAGGAACAGUCUACCAAAGCUGCUUUGAUUAACUUGUAAGCAAAACAUUGGCUUAAAGGAUCUAGUUGUCUGGUUUCUCAGUUUGUGAGUGUCUGGCAGGGGCACCAUGGUUCUUCCCCAUCCAUGCUCCAAUAAAGAAAAAAAAAAGACCCCAAACUGAAUCAUUAUAUUUUUAAAUUUAUUACAGUGAUUAGUGGAUCUGUGUGUUUACUUUCUCCUUAAUUCACCAACCACUGCUCAACAAACUAAUAUGUCCUGGAGGGUGCUUCACUUUUGCCCUUGUAACAAAGAUAGGAUCAGUUAAGUCAGAUCACUUUCUCUAAUAUUAGGUAUUUCCACAUUGUAUAAAAAAACAACAUAAUUUCCGCACUGAGGAAGCAGCAGCCCUAGGUUCUGUAAAUGUGAGUAAAAAGUGUACAUAAUCUGUAUCCAGCGGCAGAGGCGCAGUACCACAACUUUAGACCCCAGAUUUUCAGACCUGCAUCUUCAAGGUUCCGUUUUGGAACUGCAGCUGCACUUUCAACUCUCAGUCUUAUUAGAUGAGAAAAAGCAAGUUAACAAUGAAUCUGUUUGUAUUAAUGGUAACAUUGUGGGAGUGGGAAGCCAUUUGAGAUUCAGCUGUAGUACUUGAGGGUUUCUAGAAACAUUACACACAACUGUCCGUGCUCUUUAUGUAGUAAAACUCAAGGUACAGCAGCUGCUUAGUCAUGAUGUUAUAUGAUAGAACAUUAUCUCUGGAGCUGAGCGUGUGGUACUGCGGCUGCGCACUUACACUUCUCUUUAUAACACUGUUAAAACAAAAAUACAAAGUCCAGUGUGUUAGAAAUGUCUGAUAUUGUGGUGCCUGUCUAAAAAAUAAAUUUAUAUAUGCUUUUGUGAAUAA